AAACAACUGUAUUCAGGAGAUAAAAAAACAUUCCCUUGACAUGAACUUCGUCCCAUAUACAACCGACCACGCCGGCCACAUAAUUCCACCGGAUGUAAUAGUCCAACUCCCAUUACCCCUGGAAGAUAAUGAUCUCUUGGCGAAGCCAAGACGAGGGCGACUUCCUUCGCGGCCACCAAACACCUUCUUAAUAUUUAAGAGCGCUUAUACUCGGGUCCUACAGUCCAGAGGUUUGUGGGACCUUAGAAUGAGGGAAGUCACCAGUAGCGCAGCAAAAGCCUGGCGGAUAGCCGCACCUGAGGUCAAAGAUGAAUGCCGUAAGUUGGCGAGCGUUGCAAAGAGAAGACAUGAAGAAGUCUAUGGACCUGCACCGCCACGCCGCCGCACUCGCAACAGAAGACGACAACAAAGUCGCCGUGUGAUAACAGAAGAUCCCAUCCCUCAAGCUUCUUCACCGUCGAGUUCCCCAUCGGAAGAUUUUUCACCCUCCAUCCCCGCGACCUCCACUCAGGACCCUGCAUUCUAUUACAAUAGUUUAAUAUCAUCAAUUUCUGGCACUGGCGGCUGGUCUGAUUACGAGAUUGACCUGGGUGCCCAGGGAUACAUCAAUCUGUACAACCAUCAGGUGUAA